AUGGGAUCGGUUAUAACAAAAGAAAGUAUCCUAGAAGACAAUGUGUAUCUCAAGAAACUUGCCGGACUUGAGCCGAUAAUUGAUAAUGAUCCGUUUUGGAAUAAGUUUCUCUCGUUUAGCUUGAAAUUUGAGGAAAAUGACGAAGAAACAAGAAAACGAUUUGAAGUCGCUCUUGAUGAGCACUUCCAAUGUCUUAUGUACAAUACUCAGACAACAGGCAAUUUUGCUGCUUUCAUUCGCUUAUUUCUUCGAAGAGCAACAGAAUUAAAGCUUUCUGAGCAAUGUGAUAACAAGAUUUAUCUAUGGCAAACGUCCAACGCAUUGCUCAUUCUUCGAUAUAUUGCCAAAUUUCUCACGCAACGAAUGGUCGAAAAGGAAUUUGUGCGGGUGUUUUCCAAGGAAACUACUACUUCUGUUCCAGAAGAACCUUCAUCGUCAGAAGAAGAUGAUGAUGACGAAGAAGUGGAUAAUAAUUCAAAAGGGGAUAACCCGUCUAAUGAAGAAGAUGUUAUUAUAAAAUUUCAAAAUACUGCUGAAGAAUUUACCUACGAAUUGACUGCGAUUCUAACCGAUCUGCCUGUCAAUGAGGCUACAAUGGCAAUUCAUGUCGAAGCAGUCCGAUGUUUAAUCACACUUCUUAGCUCUCAACUCUAUAACGACACAAAAAUCGAUUCAUCAAUUCUCUUCAGAUUUUUCAUUGACGGAGCGUGUGCCAAGCAUGCUUCUGACCUAACAAAAGCCCUACUGCAUAAUUAUCUUGCUCAUAAUUCGGAAUAUCAUUUGACCGUUCAAAAGCCGCAAGAAAGUAUCGUUCUUGGUCUAGCUUCUUCAAUGUGGUCAAUGGUUCAAAUGGCCGCUGGUCUCGAAGCAAGAGAGGAAGAGAAUAAUCGACCGAUUACUCUUGGGAACUUGAGUAUUCUUCUCCUUCUGAAUCUUUCAUGUCAUCAACCUUCCGAAUCAACGAAUCCAUUCAAAGAAUCUCUAGCACAGUUUCAAAACGCUCAAGAAGUCUCAACGCUUCCAACACAAGUAGUAACCUUCAAAAUUGAUUACAAUGGGCUGUACGAGAGAUUGUGUGCAACGGCUUCCGAAGAGCCACCAAUGCUUCUUCUUUAUAUGCUCCUUUAUUCAAACUCAGGUUUUCGGAACUACGUUUUAUCACGAAUAAAUCUCGAAAAUUUGGUCAUUCCCGUUCUUCGUAUUCUUCAUGACGGCGCUGGCGUAUCAAAUAACCCUCACCAUGUCUAUCUUUCACUAAUUGUUAUGCUCAUUUUGAGCGAAGACGAUAUUUUUUGCAAAAUUAUACACGAGACGGUAAUCAAAGAUGUGAAUUGGCUUGAUCAUGAUUUCAGUGUUCGACAAAUCUCUUUGGGUGGUCUCACUGCACUUGUAUUCAUUCGUGCAAUUCAAAAAAAUGCACUGAAAACGAGGGAUCGAUAUUUGCACACGAAUUGUCUCGCUGCUCUUGCCAACAUGUCAUCAUCGCUUAAAAAUCUAGCGCCAAUUGUUUGCCAGCGUCUUAUUUCACUUCUUGAACUUCUGACGAAACGACACACAAAAAUGGUGGAGCAUAUGAGAGUAAGCAGCCAAUUGGAUGUCGCUGAAGGACAACCCAUCAAUUUUCAUGAUGAUAUAACCGCGCUAGAGGAAGGAAUUCGAACGCUUCUAGAAAUAAUCAACGGUGCACUUUGUGGUGGAUUGAGACAUAAUGUGCAUUUGGUGUACAAUCUUCUGUAUCAUCGAGCACUCUUCGAUGCAUAUUUGCAACACCCAAUGUUUCAAGAUCUUCUUGUAAAUAUCGCAGCAGUGAUUUCGCACUUUUCGGCAAAAGUUGUUCAUGUAAAAGCUGGCGAUGGAGCAACAAUGCUCGAAAUAAUUGAGAAAGAAGCGAAUGUAUGGCCGACUGAUAAACUUGCGAAAUUCCCUGAGCUCAAAUUUAGGUACGUAGAAGAUGAGAAUACUAUAGACUUUUUCGUACCGUACGUCUGGCGCCUUUCUGUUCAGCAUUCGGGUAUACAUUUUGAUAUUUCACGUAUCAAACUUUUCAACGCCAUGUCAAUUCAAUAG